AUGCACAUCAAUUCUGUGGUUAGGAACUAUAGGUUCCUCAUCGGGGCCUUAACUGCUUUGAUGUUGCUUCUUUUGCUAAGGUCGUCAGCAUCUCCACAAGUUGGUUCAUUGGCGAACUCCAAUAAAGUCGACACACCAGAUGGGCUAAAAGUUCCUGGUGCUUCUUCACCAAUCAGUCAAAAUAUCAAUGAGGAUUCACAAAAGCAAACAGCCAAAGACCACACAUCCCAGAAUUUGGAAUCUGGUUCCAAUUCCCUUUCCAAAUCUCAGUGUACUGAGGGUCAUAAGUACGUGGUUAUGAUUGAUGCCGGUUCUACUGGCAGUCGUGUACAUGUGUAUGAAUUUGACGUUUGUACCCAACCACCAACUUUGAUUAAUGAAACUUUCGAGAUGUUGAAGCCUGGUCUAUCUAGUUUCGAUAUCGAUGCUGUGGGAGCCGCUAAGUCCUUGGAUCCUUUAUUGAAAAUUGCUAUGGAUGCGGUUCCAAAGGAUAAGAGAAAUUGUACGCCUGUUGCAGUUAAGGCAACCGCAGGUUUGAGAAUGUUGGGUGAUGAAAAAUCUUCAAAGAUCUUGGCACAAGUUCGUAAACAUUUGGAACAGGAUUAUCCAUUCCCAGUGGUCGAUGGAGAUGGUGUUUCUAUUAUGGAUGGUGAGGAAGAAGGUGUCUACGCUUGGGUCACUGCAAACUAUCUGUUGGGUAAUAUUGGCGCUGGUUCUAAAUUACCAACGGCAGCUGUUUUCGAUCUUGGUGGUGGUUCUACUCAAAUUGUGUUCGAGCCAAGUUUCCCUCCUAAUGAAAAGAUGGUUGAUGGUGAACAUAAAUACGAGCUAAGUUUCGGUGGUCAUGAUUAUACUCUAUAUCAAUUUUCUCAUUUGGGAUAUGGUUUGAUGCAAGGUAGAAAUAAGAUUAACACUGAAUUGGUCAACGUUGCGAUCAGCUCGGGAACCAUUACUAAGGGUCAAACUGCAAGAACUUAUGAAUUGAGCUCCCCAUGUUUACCUCCGGGAACCACUGCUGAAGGCGAGAAAGUUAAGAUUAGUGAUGACGAAAUUUAUACUGUCAACUUCAAGGGUCCAAAGGUUCCGGCUGGUCCACAGUGUAGAUACCUUGCCGAUAAGAUCUUAAACAAAGACGCUAAAUGUAACACACCUCCAUGCUCAUUCAACGGUAUUCAUCAACCAUCGUUGGUCCACACCUUCAAAGAAACAAGUGAUCUAUAUGUGUUCUCGUAUUUCUAUGAUAGAACACAGCCUCUCGGAUUACCAUUAUCGUUCACUUUGCAAGAAUUACAAGAUUUGGCAAGAACUGUGUGUAACGGUGAAGAAGUUUGGGAAAGUGUCUUUAGUGGUAUUGAAGGAUCCCUGUCUGAAUUGAGCAAAGAACCACAAUGGUGCCUAGAUUUAAAUUUCCAAGUAUCACUAUUACACACUGGUUACGACAUCCCAUUGCAAAGAGAGUUGAGAACAGCAAAGACGAUUGCUAACAAUGAGUUAGGAUGGUGUCUAGGUGCCUCUCUACCACUAUUGGAGUCUGCUAAUUGGAGCUGUAAAGUGUCCAAGGUUGAGUAA